AUGGCGAGGCGAGCUGUGGUUGCAUCGACCGUCGUCCUCACUUUGAUGACGGUCAUCAUACUCAGUCUCCUAUUCGACGGUAGCUAUAACCGCAGCGAGGAUGCCACAGUGGUGGUCGGCAAUACAGCGUCACAUCGUAUGUACAGCGAAAAUAAUCUGGAUCCUAGUGAACGUAUCUUACCAAGGAAAGAAGGGGAGUGUCAACCUGAGAAACAGAUAGUGUUUUUGAAGACGCACAAGACAGCCAGCAGCACCACAGCCGGUAUCAUCGACCUCUUUGCUUACAAGAACAACCUGACGGUGGCCGUUCCACCCGAGGGUCAAGCCUACAUGGACCGUACUAAGCUCUUCCAACGGGAUAUGAUUGCCAAAUUACGCAAGAGGGCCGUGAAAUGGAGAGACACUGUUGGCUUCAAUGUCUUCUCCAGCCACGCGCGUUACAAUCGCAAAGAAAUGGACGCCGUGGUCCCCAACGCGAAAUACAUCACCAUCUUACGUGAUCCGAGCAAGCAGCUACCUUCUGCGUUGGUGUACUACAAGUUCGACACACGUCUUGAGCGUAAGUUUGAUAGACAGGGCAGGACGUACACGAAUGUCUUGGAGGAGUUUAUGAGAGACCCGGCUGCAAACAUGGAACUCAUCGAAUCGAAACCAAUGGCUCAUGUUGUGCACAAUCAACAAUUCUUUGACCUUGGCUUGGACACCAAGUACUCCACGGACUGGGCCAAAAUCGACAGAACCAUUAGGAAACUCGAUGAUGAGCUUGACCUUGUAAUGAUUACGGAAUAUUACGAUGAAUCGCUUAUUCUGCUGCGCGAUUUGCUGUGUUGGUCAACUGAAGACAUUCUCUACACGAAAAGAAUGGUUCGCAAUACUACGUACAUCUCACGAAGUCCGUCCUGA